AUGUUCACGACUCGGGGAUCCGCAGUCAUUUUUCUUCCGUUGAUUCUGUGUUCGAUCCGAAUCAGUGUUUACGGCCAUAGACAAGCGUUGCAGAGAUUUUUCACAUCUGACGAAACUAAAAAACUUCUAAACUCUUCUGACAGUGUGAAAUACUCGAAUAAUAUUUCUGUUCAAGAUGUGCCAUUGUCAUUGCGUGAGGAUAAGAUUAACAAAUUCACAGUCUCGAUCUGCUGCCCUUUGGGAACGGCUCGAUACCAAGAGAGUUGCAUAGAAGAUCCGACCAACAUCUCUUUGCCCAGAAUCAGAGACUUCGUCGAAGAUAACCAUAAUGAAACGAAUGAGUCAUGGCUGAAUUAUCGUACAAUCGAAAAAGAUCCAUGCAUCUUUACGUGGAUGAAGUCUUCGGUGCAAAAGAAUUAUCAUCUGCUGCGAAAUGGAUCGCUACGUACGGCAGACUUUGCCGAAGGAUCGCUCUGGGACUUGGAUCAUUAUUGUAUUUAUCGUGAGCCAGGAUGGACUGAAUAUUCGGUUAAAGUGUGUUACCCGUGGAUAGCUGAAAAUCCUUGGGACAUGUUGUUCUUGGUGCUUUCCACUAUCGUCAUGCUGAUAAUCCUCAUCGCUUACAGCAUCGUACCAGAGUUGCGGAAUCUUAAUGGAAAGAUAAUUCGCUGUUACAUCGCUACCUACAUUGUCACCUACAUCGGUUCGUUCGUGAUAUUCAGUACAACUGAAAAAGACAGAUACGCCGAUUUGUUUAACCUAUUUGUAACACUGACGCGUUACUGCGCGGGCUCUUGCGCGCUAUGGCUAAACAUGAUGAGUUACAACAUUUGGAAAACAUUCCGGAAGAUACGAUCGGUCAGUCAUGACACGCGGGAACGUGAAGCAAGAAGGUUUUUUUGUUACGCCGUUUACGCUUGGGUCACACCAGCCAUUGCCAUUGGGACUCUUACAAUCAUUCAAAGAUGUGUCCCAGCCUUUCGAAGCGACACAGCAAGGUAUGAAAUUGUAAAGUGGAGCUGCUCACUAGGUGUCACAGUUCUUUUCACCUGCAACGCCUACCGGUACACCUCAACUGCGCUCUCGAUCAGACGUCAAAAAAAAGACACCAAGCAACUGGUCGAUGGUCUGAAUAGACACCGAGAUAAUGCCGAGCAAUGGUUCAACCUGCAUCUGAAACUAUUUGUGAUAAUGGGAGGUCACAUAAUCGUUUGGGUGAUUUGGCUCUUCUGGCGCACACCAGCGAUGACUCAUAUAAUGUCGCUUUUGGAAUUCGUGCAGAGCAUUCUCUUAUUCUACAUAUUUCUAUGGAAAGAUAAUAUCAAGAGAUCAUUACGUGAGCAAUUGGGUACUGCGUAUUUAAGAAUAAGGCAUCGCUUCAAGACACCUGAGUUCCAAUCGCAAAUUUGA